GAGGACUUCUUUUGGCAAGCGGCUGAGUGCAGGGUGCUGAGGGUAGCUUGCCACAGAAGCAUAUGUUGCUCUUGCUCCCAAAGGAUUUAUUACCUUGCACGACUUCGAGGGGCACCACUCAAAUAUCAGGGUGGCAAGGAGUGCUGCUUGUGAGGAGCUGAAAUUGUCUACGCCGAAGACUGUGACCAGAUCUGUUUGCAAUUGGUGAAGCAAAUCUCCCUCCAAAAUGAAGAUAAAGAAAUCCAAAGUGACGGACCAGUCUGCCUCAGGGCAGCAAGGUGCUGAAGGCGGUGCGCCGAAGAAGAAAGGCAUCAAGUUCAGGUCCAAGGUCCCUGGGGUCAUGAUCACACAAUAUGUUGAGCAAAUGCCAGAGGAUAAGACCACUCCAGACUUCACACGUAAACCCAUUGGAUUGACAAUUCAAGAAGGGAAGCUUGCCAUCUUCAAAGCGAAAGUGAUUGGAGAACCCAAACCCACCGUUACAUGGGCGAGAGCCAACGGAGAAAUGAAUGAUCCAGAAAAGUUCCAAUCGAAAUUCGACCCUAAUACAGAUGAGCACACCUUGGAGAUCCCAAAUGUGUCUUCAGAUGAGGCUGACACCUACAAGUGCUAUGCUAGAAAUGAGUUUGGGAAGGCGGUUUGCACGGUUAUGCUGAAUAUCAUUGAAGUUGGAUUUAAAAAGAAGAAAGAGAUGGCAAAAUCUAAGGAAGCGGCUGCCACAAAAGCAGACCCCACAGAGUUUAGAAAAAUGCUGCGGAAAGGUAAAAAGAAGGAGGAAAAGAAGGAAGGUGAGAUUGAUGAGGACGUCUGGGACCUUUUGUUGAGCGCUGAUAAGAAGGAUUAUGAACGUAUAUGUGCUGAACAUCACAUCACUGACUUCCGUGGAAUGCUGAAAAAACUGCAGGAGAUGAAAAGAGAAAGAGAGGAGGAACAAGCUCAGUUCAUUGAACAUCUCAGCAAUCUCAAGCAAAUCAAAGUGAGAUCAGAGGAUACGGCAGAAUUUGAGUUGGAUAUGGAGCUAAAGGACCCCAACAGUCAGAUUUUCAUCUACAAGGAUGGAGUCAUGGUUGCUUUCAGCAGAGAAAUGGAAGGUGACGUUAAACACUCUCUGAAGCAAGUUGGAAAGAAGUUUAUAUUUUCUGUCAGAAACCUGUCAGCAGAGGAUGCUGGACUUUAUCAACUCGACGUUGGGGGUGUAAAUGUCUUCACUUCUGAUUUAAAACUUCCUCCUGUUGACUUUGCCGUAAAAAUCCAAGAAGUCAAGGCAGAGGAGAGGCAAGAUGCUCAGUUUGAAUGUGUUCUCACUAUGCCGCAACCUGAGAUUACAUGGACACUCAAGAACAACCCCAUUGAAACUGGCGAAAAGUUCGAGAUCACUUGCUCUGAGGACAAACUUAUCCACAAGCUUCUCAUCAAAGACUGCAUGCCUGUUGAUAGUGGAAUCUAUGCAGCCAUUGCUGGCCUCAAGUCUUGCAGUGCCUGGCUAAUAGUUGAGGCUGACAAAGGUGCUAAAGGUAAGAAGAAGGAAAGGAAAGCUGGUGUGGCAGGUGGCGGCGUAGACCUGGCCAAGGUUGCAGCAGAGCAGCAGGAGAAAUACAAGAAAGACAUGGAGGCAGCUCUUGAAGCAGCAAAGAAAGCCCAGUUGGAAAGGGAAGCGCUCGACGCUAAAGCUAUGUCGGAUGAAGAGGAGGCAGCAAAGCGGAGAGCAGCGGAGCGAGCGGCAGCCGCCGAGAGAGCCGCAAGAGAGGCUGCUGAAAAAGCCGCGAGGGAGGCCGCUGAGAAAGCAGCCAAGGACCUGGCCGACCUGGAGGCAGCAGCCAAAGCUGCCAUAGAGGCAGCCAACAGGCCAGGUGCAACACCGGAGGAGAUUGCAGCAGCGGAGGCUGCAAAGGCAGCUGCAGAAGCAGCAGCAGCAAAGGCAAAAGCUGAGGCAGAUGCCAAGGCAGCCGCGGACGCAGCAGCAGCAGCAGCAGCAAAAAAAGGAGAAGGAGACGAAGAUGAUGAUGAUGAUGAAGAGGGGAAGAAAAAGAAGAAGAAGAAGAGAGACGGCCCACUGGUUCCAGACACCGUAAUAGCAAAAUCAGGAGGGCGCACAAAAAGCAAACGGCGCACGGCAAAUAGUCAAAACGAUGCAACACCCGAAACCAGCAGUUACUCACGUAGCAAGCAAGAACUACUGGUUCCAGACGCUGCUGUGGACGAUGAUGCGAGUGGAUACGGAGGUCGUGGCCGCCAUGGGCGCGGAGGGCGCCUUGGCGACUCCGAUAGCGACGACCUCGAAGGCGAGAACGAAGGGGACGCUGCUAGGUCCGCAAGGGCUGCUAGGCGCGCAGCCCGGGCUAAGGCUAAGCAAGCCCUGUUGGUAGAGGAGACGGUAACUGACCCGGGAGUGCAAUUUUCUUCAGGACUUGAGGACUGCAAAGUCAUGGUUGGACAGCCGACGGAGUUGGUUUGCAAGUUGACCAAAGAGGAUGCGAAAGGAAUAUGGUACAAAGAUGGUGUUGAGAUCACAGCUGAAACAGAGGGGAUGACCAUAAGCCAAGAUGGCGUCUUCCACAAACUGCUCAUCCCCAGUGUCAGUGAGGAAUUGGGAGGCAGAUAUAAAUUUGAGGUGGAAGGAGGACGCAAAUCAGAAGCCGACAUUUUUGUUGAAGACCCCCCACGAUUUGAUGGAGAAGACUUGGAAAAAUUUGCAGCCCCGACAAUCAUAAAAGCUGGCAAAAGAGCCUCGUUUAAGCUUCCAUACCUGGGAAAAGAACCAGUAAAAAUCCAGUGGUUUCACGACGGUGAGGAGUUGGCGCCUGAUACUAAUAUCCAGAUUUUUAAUGAAGAAGGCCACACCUGUUUAGUGUUCACCGGCAAGCUACAACGGAAGGAUACAGGAGAGAUAAAAAUUAAAAUAAAAAACGAGUUUGGAACUGUUGAAGCUGUCACACAGCUUAUCGUACUUGACAGGCCAACACCUCCUCUUGGUCCUCUGGAAAUUAUUGAAGCUUCUGCAAGCUGUAUUGAAUUCAAGUGGAGAGUUCCAAAGGACGAUGGUGGGUCCCCAAUUACAAAUUACGUUAUGGAGCGUAAUCAGAUAGGCCGUAACACGUGGAAAAAGUAUGGAGAGAUCCCUGGAGACGCCCACUACAAGGACACAGAUGUGGACCAUGGAAGAAGAUACUGUUAUCGUUUAAGGGCUGUGAACGCAGAGGGGAUCAGUGAGCAGAUAGAAACGGAGGAUGUCCAGGCUGGAAUUAGAGCCUAUCCCGGACCUCCUAGUGUUCCCAAAGUAGAGAGUGCAUUUAAUGACUGCAUCAAUCUGAUGUGGACUCCCCCCACCAACACUGGUGGUGGACAAAACAUUUUGGGCUAUAUUGUGGAGAAGAGGAAGAAGGGAAGCAACCUUUGGGGGCAGGUCUAUCCACCUGAGGGUCAACUAAUCAAAGGCAAGAAAUUUGGAGUUACAGAUGUUAUUGAAGGAAUGCAAUAUGAGUUCCGUGUAGCUGCUGUAAACAUGUCAGGAGCGGGUGAAUUCAGUACCCCAUCUGAAUUUGUGUUUGCCAGGGAUCCCAAAAAGCCCCCUGGAAAAGUACUUGACUUGAAGAUCACAGAUUCAACCUAUACCACUUUGUCCCUGGCCUGGACUAAACCAGUCGAGGAGAAAGGUGUGGAAGACGAGGCUAAAGGAUACUUUGUGGAGAUUCGGCCCGCUGAAUGCAUAGAAUGGAACCGCUGCAACGUCACUCCUUUACUAACUGGCUCAUUCACUGUAAAAUGCCUGAAGUCUAUGGCCAUGUACUGGGUGAGAGUCAUAGCUACUAAUGACGGAGGAGAUGGACUGCCAAGAGAUUUGGACAAUUACGUUCUUGCCAUGCCUCCGCCAGUACGACCCAGAUUCACAGAUCUGAAAAUCAAAAGCCUUAUGGUGGUUAAAGCAGGGAACUCGGCACGUUACAAUAUCAACUUUGAGGCUUCGCCAUGGCCAAAUGUGACCUGGUUGAAAGAUGGCGUCCCUGUAAGCAAGCGCAUCACCGUUAGCAAUGGCCCCACUUCAUCCCAGCUUCUGAUUCCGUCAGCUGAGCGUAAUGACACGGGAGUAUACACCAUUCUGGUGAAAAAUAUUGUGGGCCAGGAAACCUUCAGCAUUGAGAUCAGAGUCACAGAUGAGCCCAAGCCACCUGGCCCAGUGGAGGUUGAGGAGAAUGUGCCAGGCACAGUCACAGUGACCUGGACCGCAUCUCCAGAUGAGAAACGUGACGACAGGCUCCACUACAUGGUGGCGAAGCGCGACUCUACCAAAAAGACAUGGCACACUGUGGCAGAUCGCAUCUUCAACAACAAGUACACGGCUUGCAACAUCAUGCCGGGCCGUGAAUAUCGGUUCAGAGUCUUUGCCAAGAACGACAUGGGAAUGUCUCUACCAUCGGAGUCACCCAAGUGGCUCAUCGUUGGCAAGAAAGAAAAGUUUGCAUUGAACAUGCCUGAGACCAAGUCAUGUGACCUGGAUAGGCCUCCCAAGUUCCUGGUUCCUUUGAGGAUGCACACUGCCCCCGAGGGCUAUGAGUGCUACAUGAGCUGUGCCGUGAUCGGAGACCCAGCGCCUCAUGUCACCUGGUACCGCAACAAUGUCAGCCUCAACACCAACACCAACUACUACAUCUCAAACACUUGCGGCGUCUGCUCCAUGCUCAUCCUGAGAGUGGGCCCCAAAGACAUGGGAGAUUACAUGGUCGUUGCUGAGAGCGAACUGGGGAGGGCAGAGUGCACCACUAAACUGACUGUGCGAGAUUAAGCCAACAGUUCAUCAAUGACCAGGAUGUUCCAUUCUGAACAUAUGGUGUGGUUCUGAGAUUUUCUUUUUUCUUUUUUUUUUGGACUCAGUGAGACUUAUAUAAUGCUUUGAUUUGUUGUUUUUAUGUAGAAGUAUUUUCGCUUAUCUUUUUCUGAAGAUAUAAUGUGUUAUCACAUGUAAUGUGAUGUUACUCAACAUUCUAGGUGUUGCAUUCACUGGAGAAUGGUAUGCAUCACUUGACUGUAAUAAUUAGGUUUUGAGGGAUGAAUGAGUUGUGAUGGCAUUUUCUCAUGUAUCAUGCUUUGUCUUAAGCAAACACCUUUCGACUUUUCUGGUUUACUUAUUAUUAUGAACAUUACAAUGCGGCCUCUAGGCCAGCAGUACUUCAGUGACCAUAACAGUGCAUAGAAAUGAGUGAUGCCUAGCAUUGCCACAAGUCUGCUUCUUAGAUGCUUCAAUGUCAGACUAAAGCACUAUUCUCUGACAUGUUAAAAAAUACUGGGCAAAGUACUGUCCUGUGACCACUGCACUAAUGACAA